AUGUUUCGCCUUCGAUUUCUUCCCAUUGCGGCAGGGCUGUCUGCUGUUUCACGGCGUUACCAUGGGAUGGCACAUCACCCCAGGACCAGGCGUAGGCUCAUGGUGGCAGCUUUCGUAGGGGCGACUGCAGCUACGGCAAGUGCCAGAUUCCUUUGGCAAAGGGCCUACGCAGAAGACUCGUCCUCUGUAAAACACGAUCCGAGGACAGAGCCAAGCGAGAAGGUGAAGCACGAGGAGGAGGAGGAGGAGAGCAGCGGCAGUGAGGGUAGAAAGGCUGUUGCAUCGGGCGAUGAGGAGGCUCAGCCGGAAGGGAAGAAGAAGAAGCGUUCUGGAUUCAGGGACCGUAAGGUGAUGGAAUAUGAGAACAGGAUCAGAGCCUACUCCACACCGGAUAAAAUCUUCAGAUACUUUGCCACUUUGAAAGUCAUAAACGAGCACGGUGAAUCGGAGGUUUUUAUGACACCGCAGGAUUUUGUGAGAUCGAUAACCCCUAAUGAAAAACAACCGGAAAACCUGGGCCUGGAUCAGUUUAUAGUGAAGCGCUAUGAUGGGAAGGAUUUCUGGCAGAAAUUAUCCCAGGAGCGAGAGAAGUUUGCCGAUGAGGACAGCAUAUUUUAUGCACUUGGAGAAUGUGGACUCAUUUCUUUUUCCGACUACAUCUUCCUCACGACGGUCCUUUCCACUCCCCAGAGGAAUUUUGAAAUCGCCUUUAAGAUGUUUGAUCUGAAUGGUGAUGGCGAAGUGGACAUGGAAGAGUUUGAGCAGGUCCAGAGCAUUAUUCGUUCCCAAACCAGCAUGGGCAUGCGCCACAGAGACCGGUCUACAACGGGGAACACCCUGAAAACUGGCUUCAGCUCUGCACUGACAACAUACUUCUUUGGGGCAGAUCUGAAGGGGAAGCUGACCAUCUCCCACUUCCUCGACUUCCAGCGCAAACUGCAGCACGAUAUUCUGAAGCUUGAGUUUGAGCGGCACGACCCGGUGGAGGGGCGGAUCACGGAGCGGCAGUUCGGCAGCAUGCUGCUGGCCUACAGUGGGGUACAGUCCAAGAAGCUCACCGUCAUGCUGAAGCAGCUCAAGAAGCACUUCCAAGACGGAGAGGGGCUGACGUUUGAAGAGGUGGAGAGCUUCUUCACUUUUCUGAAGAACAUAAACGAUGUGGACACUGCUUUGAGCUUCUACCACAUGGCUGGAGCUUCACUUGAUAAAGUGACGAUGCAGCAAGUGGCCAGGACAGUGGCCAAGGUGGAGCUCUCCGACCACGUGUGCGAUGUGGUGUUCGCGCUCUUCGACUGCGACGGGAAUGGUGAGCUGAGCAACAAGGAGUUUGUUGCCAUAAUGAAGCAGCGCCUUAUGAGAGGCUUGGAGAAGCCCAAGGACAUGGGCUUCACGCGACUGAUGCGGGCAAUGUGGAAAUGCGCCCAGGAGACGGCGUGGGACUUCACCAUGCCCAAGCAGUAG